CUUUGACACCUCUAACCACCCCCACCCCACUGCCAGCCCUUCGCCUUCCUUCCCUCCCUCCCUCUCCUCUCUGCCUCACCACUUUCAUAGUGCAUCUUUUCUCUCAUUUGCAUUUUUUCCGCUUCGUUGUGACAGUUCAUAUCAAAGAGCCGCGUGAGAAUAUCACAAUGUAGAAGACUUGCACGGCUGUGAAGAGUGGCUUUGAGGAUGGGGUUGCCCAUAGACCUAGACUCUCUGAAGUGGAUAAUUGUUACAGAUUCAAGUGAAAAGCAAGACGGUAAUUAGAGACCUGGCCCUGGUACAUCACGACAGCAGCAGUGUUACCAUGGAGACUGGCAAGCUGGGUUGUGCUCCAGUGCACAUCGGUUCUGUUGCAGCACAGACAGAGAGGAGGAUGGACAUCCAGGCACCACUGACGGCUGUUUACAUCCACACAGUGCCUACUCUACCAACACAGCCUUACCCACAGCUUCCUGCAGCUGCACAGGAGCCGGCUACACUCCAUCUGGCCCUGCCACUGACACUCCAUAUUGCCGGUGGGCUACAGUCUCCACCAGGACUGAAUCUCACAGCUGCUCCUCCUACAGCCAAACCCAAAUCGGCAGGAAAGCAUGUGUGUCCUCACUGUGGACGGGACUGUAUGAAGCCCAGUGUGUUAGAGAAGCAUCUUCGCUGCCACACAGGGGAGCGGCCCUACCCCUGCACCACCUGUAGAGUUUCUUUUAAGACUCAAAGCAACCUUUACAAACAUAAGCGGACUCAGGCUCAUGCCCGGCUCUCGUCUGAGUCAGAGCAGAGCAGCCUGGGAAGCCUGGACAGCAUAUCCAGCUCCAGAGAGACUCAAAUGUCCAGUUUAUCUCUGGAUGAGCACAUCGAGGAGUCGGGCAGCAUGAAGAAGGAUGCCGCGCUCUCUGCUCCUGCUGAGAUUAUGUGUGCAGCCAGUGCUACCAAGGUCUACUCUGUAAAGACACAAGGAUAUGACUUGACGCCUGCAAAUCACAAAACAGCUUCAAAAGAAAAUGCAAUGGCAAGAAAAGAAGAGAAACCGAUGAUGGACAAUGAACAACCCUUGAAUGUUUGUCGACAUCUUCCCCUUCAGAGACAGAAGGCUACUCUGUUCUCCAAGCAGUGGGAGAGUUCUGUGUCCAGAGGAAAAUCACAGAGCCAUGAGAGCACUGACUCUGGCUUCAGUGAAAGCAGCGACCACUACUCAAGCCCAGGCAGUGUUCUUCCUGACCACAGUAUGGAUUCUCUCACUGAAUCCAACAAAGAGCAUCUUGAAGAAACCACAGACACUCACAGAUCUUCAGAGCCAGGCCAAGGUGCACAGGAGCCCAGAGACACUGCGAGGGAACAGGAACAGAAGACACUGGAGGAGCGCAUAUCUAAGUUGAUCUCUGAGAAUACAGCUGUGGUGGAGGAUAAACACCUGGAGAACGUAAGGCCACGGAAAACGGUACUUUCAAAGCAAGGUAGCAUUGACCUCCCAAUGCCAUACACGUACAAGGACUCCUUUCACUUUGACAUGAGGAACAGUAAGACUCCGAACGUGGGGUUGCAAAGAAACAGGAUGCCUGGGUUUUACAGCUCUGUGCCCACUCAGCACUCAACCACCAUAGAGCAUGCCACGUUAACCCGCAGCAACUCUCUCCCCUUCAACGUUACCCUCCUGCAGCCUGAGAGGAGCAGCACAGCAUCCUCUUUUCAAAGAGAUUAUCUAAAUCUUGUUCGCAGGGGAAGCUCUGGCCAAAUCAAUCCUGUAGGUUUUGCGACGAAGCCUGUGAACCAACAGUCAUCCACCCACCGCCCCCUGGUCAGACAGACAGCCGUAGACUGCAACCACGCAACAGACGGUCUCUUCAUGAAUUCAUCUGUGGAGGAGGCAAGCACCAGCAGCCUAAGCUGUGAUGGGGAUGGCAGUGACAUUUGUGGAGAGCCAAGCAACAGAAAGUUCCGGAGGAAGAAAGCACAGAAGUUUGCUUACGACAAGUGGUACAUGUACGGGGGCGGGAUAUUUAAGAAGCUGUACGAUACAGAGAAAGGUGUGGAUAACAAUGCUUUAAAAGGCAGGAAAUGUACAAACCUAGAGCACGAAGGAUCACAAAAAAGGUCUUCAGCAGCUUCUAAGGAGACAGUAACAACAGGCUCAACGAUAAACAUCACAAGCAGCAGGCCAACAGUUUGUCAUCAAGGCUGUCCUCCUGCCAAGCAGUCAAUAGUCUCUUCUGUGGAUUUAAACGUAAGAACUAACCCACAUUACUCAUCAUGCAGCUCUCUCAAGACUCCUAUCCACAGAAAUCUGUCAUUGUCAGUUCUGCCAUUAUCUUCUGUUGGAUCACUGGUUAGCCACACAACAGACAGUACAUGCAGCAUAAAGACAGGGGCAUUGAUUAAUGACGAGAAAUGUGCUGAUGCCACCUCUCACCUAUGUGAAGCCCAUGUUCCCUCUGAUAGGAAAAAGCAGAGAACUGAUGACAAAAUAGCCAGUCAGCUUGAGAUGAAGACUGACUCAAACACACCGACUCAUCUCCCUCAAGCUGUCAUUGGCAGUGCACCUGAGCAUGAAACAAACUUCAGGUAUAGCAACCUCCAAAAAAAUCAAAAACACACUCAGCUCAAAGCAGCUCUCUUCUCUUCAUACACAAUGAAUGCAAAUGCACUACCUCUUAGCACCCUGACAUCCACUUCCAUCCUCUCCACUGCCAAGACUAGUUUCUUACCCAAGUACCAGCUCAAGUUACCUUCUGCUGCUCAGCCGGAUUCAAAUACUUCACCACAUGUUGUGGACAAACAGUCAGGAGCUGAUGGCUGUACUUUCAACUCUUCUCUGUCAGCUCCAACUGAGCAAACCUGCCCCUCGGUCACAACUCCUGAAAAGACAUCUUGUGAUUCUGUCACUUCACAACUGAUGCGAACUUGUGAUUUAAAAAAGGCCAAUGCUUUCUGUUCCACACAAGCUCAGCCUCUCUUGCCUUGCACAGCCGCAACGCUUUGUCAAGUGGAAACAUCACAAUUCGGUGACAUUAGAACAUCCAGUCCAACUGUGGUGCACAGGCAAUUUGCAGGAAAUCCAACAAACGCAGCCUGCCCACAGGACUUUCAAACAGAAGAGUGCAGCACUUUGUUACAGCCAUCGAAAUCCGCACCUGCGCAGUUACCCACACCUGUUGCACCUGUGGUUGGGAACUUCCCUGCUAUAUGCACCACAACCACAGCUAAAAAUCAGACAUGUGCUGCUGCAGGUGCAGCCUUCUCACAAUUUCAACUUAACUCUAGUCCUCCUCUACAACACUCACAACUCUUGCCAGUGCCAGAUCAGUUAAAUCCUGAAAACAGAGCAUACGCCAGGCAAAAGACCCCAAACGUACCAUGUCAUGUGGUACCAUUCGACCAAGUGCAGCCAACGGCUCAUAACGUGUUUCAUGUUCACACAGCAGACCUCCAGAUCUGCCUACAGAUCAUAACCGAUGAGCAACUAGCUCUCAUUGCACCGCAGAUUGAGCGACAAGCAGAAAGCAGCCUCUCACAGAGACCUGACAUAGAAGCUGCAGAAGGGACCCAGAAUAAAACUCAAAGCUGUGGUACCGUGGGAAGUAGCAGUGAGAUAAGGGAGCAUCUAGCUGUCGGUGGACAUCAAAAGGAAUCGGACCAAAGUGAAUCUUUACCCACACUUAAUAUGGAGAGGCCUGGCCUGUUUGGGAGGGCACAGCUAAACAUCCAAAUGACUGAGCACAGCAAUUCCAAUCAGGCUACAGUAUCAGCUGCAUCUAAGCCUCCUGAAACUCUAGGCUUGAUGUUACAGUCACACAAAUGUAGUAAUUUAACCGAGACUCAGAGCUCUUUAAGGGAUGUUGUGUCAACUGCUGCUCCGAUUCUUCACAACACUGUACAGCCAGGAAGGGAACAACCUUCACAGGAGGAACAUGGCCUUUCUCUGAACCACUGUGCUGACGAGCAACUAUUGCUGGAAAGGAGAGUCAGUCACGGAGGAUUGGUCGUGCAAUCACUACCUAGCCAACACAAGCUGAACAUGACCUGUCUUUCUCUGAGCUCAGUAAAUCAGAAUAUCAUGGGAAGGGAACCACAAAGCAAAGAAAGCCAACAAAAACUUGAAAUUCAAGGAGCCUCGUGUAAUGUUCGCAUACCGGAAUCUAAGGGAGAAGCCCUCCCUUCUCUGCAGAUUGGUUUCAAUAAGGCCGCUGAUGUUGCAUGUGCUGAUGCGUCAGUUUGUCUUUUAUCCAUCAGCAAAGUCACGAGACAGUUAAACUCACCAGCAUCCAUCUGCUGCAGUAGUCCUCCAGAAACUACAUUAAGUCAGAAUCCAUCCAAACAUGAACCAAAACAAUCUCUGGUCAACUCUGUCCUUUUACCACAAACAACCCUCCCUGAUUCACAGGAAGUGAUCAGCUCAGUCCACUCAGAACAACAAGAGGAGCAGUUUACCUCAGUGUCCUUGAACAUUGAGGUGGAAAGACCCAAAGACACUCCAUCUGUGCUCACAAGUAUACAGAGUCCUGCUGCAGGACUUACUGAGGGAGACUCCCUGUCAGAAUGUAGAGCCCAGAAGGAGUUACAGACAUGGGGCCCUGGGCAGUCAGACAGUGCAAACUGGAGGCCAAAGCCAAGCCAAGAAGCUGGAGAGAGAAAUCAUCAAAGAAUAGAUGGGCAGAGAAGUGGAGGAGCGAUGUUAGAGGAUAAGAAUGGAGGAAUGAAGACAGACCAGGUGCCAGGUCAGAAGAACAUUAUGGAGUUGAACUGCAAAAACACACUUUUAUCUGACGUGACAAAGCCAGAGGGAGAAGACACAGAGGUCAACGUGGAUUCCUUUAAAGACCCCUGGCUAUCUGAGCAGCAUCUUUCCCAGACACACUCAGGAAUGUCUGAGUAUUAUCCACUGAGCCCACAGCAAGCUCCAAGCACGUCAAAUAACCUUAAUGUACCUCCCAGUGGCAGUCAGACGAGCCACUUCAAGUCUCAACAGCCCCCACUGGAAAUGAAUAUUUAUUUCUCACAACACUGGGAAAAUAAAAUCCAUAUCCAAAGAACACAAAACACAAUUGACUCAAGCCACUUUAUCAAAACACACGCCCAAUCAAAAGAAACAAACAAUUCUUCUUCACUAGUGGAGUCGAGCCUUCUGCAAACAGAUCUUCUACAUGAGGACCAAACGCAGGACCAAUCCUUUCAGCUGCGAGAUACUGCAGGUAACAGCGGCACAGCAGCAAGCCAUAGUGCAAAUGUAACAUUGGACAGUCACAAAAGCCCACGUCUCUCAGUAGAUGAGAAAACACCACCCACCACACAGCACUGCCAAGUUUCUGAUUCUCUUCAAGUCAGCAGAUCCUCUGUUGGAUGGACGGGAAACACCCAAGCAUCAAACACCAAUAUGCUGAGUAAUAAAAGUGGGGCCCCAUCAAAGCCCUGUGCAUACCCAGAACCUGAGCAACACACUGAAGAUCAAGCACCAGAUGAGUACACAACACACAGCAGUAACUCUGGGAGACAUGACACUGCCAGCAAAUACCAGUCUUUUUUCAUGGCUAGUCAGCUCCAUGCGUACCAUCCAGCUGAGAGUCUGACCAGUGGAGUGCGGCCUGUCCAAAGCUGCCAGGACUACACAGAGGACAGCAGCAGCAGUGACGAUGAAGGAAAGCUGAUCAUUGAGCUAUAGGGGGAAUGUGAACACACUCGCACACAUUUGAAGUUGUAUUUGGUGUAGAUAUGUAUGUUUAUUUUUUUCAGAGACAGGGGAAAUAUUAUUGGCUGAGCUAACUCUGUGAAUGUAAAGACCCAUGUAUUUUCACCUGUGAUUCUAAAUAAAUAAAUAUAUUCAAGUUUGGUAAAUGAUUUACACUCGCUGCUCUCUGCAUAAGAUAUUAUGUAAUAAAGUGACCAUGUAAGCCCAUCUCUAGCUUCAAGGUUCGACAUGUUGUGCAUUCAGAGAUGGGGUUCUUCCUGUUUUGUUUUUUGAUUAUCAUUUUCAUCAUAUUGUCAUUUUCCUCUGGCAUUAACAAGACAUUGUUGCCCAGAGAACUGAUGUUCACUGGAUAUUUCUCUCCUUUUCGGAUCAUGUCGUGGAAGAUGAUCAGAUGGAAAUCCUAGUAGAUGAUCAGUUUCUGAAAAUUGCCUGAAUGCAUUGAUUUGCUGCCAUGUGAUUGAUUAGAUAUUUACAUUAACAGGUGGGGCAGUUGAUGACCCUAUAGCGCUGACAAUACGACACAUCAUCAGUUGUGCAGCUCAUUUUUUAUUGGGUGUUUCGGCCUUUUAUCACAAUACACCCUCAUCUGAGGCUGGCCCACCGCAGGCUGAUCAGACCUGGGUGUGCGUGUCACACUGGAGGCCCCAUGUGGUCAUUUGGCAGCCCAAACCAAUAAAGUGGCCAGUGAGUGUACAUAGAUAACAGAUGAUGUAGCCAAGUAAAAUAAAAGCCCCUGUUGUGCAAAGGUUUCUAAAUCUGCACAUGUUGUGUGACUCCAUUUCUACUCACACAUGCUUAUGUGCCUGUGUCACUCGUGCUCUCUCACUAAUUGCCACUCUGCAACACUCUUACCUUCCCUGUUCACACCUGUGUGUGUGUGAGUCACGCUCGCAUGCUGCACGAUACCCAUUAAGUAGAUUUCUGCUCACACCAAGGCACUGGCUGAAGAGGAAUGACCCCUUUCUCAGUCUGGGUUUUGUGAUGAGUCAGCAACUAUGAUUAGACAUGAAUCUCUCCGGAAUAGGAAAUGGGCGGAUCUGAACAAUUUGGUACUUAAAUCCACAGCUAUGGCUCACCCUGUCUUCAAUCCUCAGCCCAUUAGUGGUGAUAAAACCUUUUGGACUGACAGGUGUAUGUGUGCAGUAUAGUGAUGUAUAAGGUUUAUGUGCAGUGAAUCUGUUCAGGCCUGUUGACAGAUGUGUUUACAG